UCGAUAAUGAAGACGAUUACAAUAAAAUAGAUUUUUCAAAGCCAGCAGAGAUGGAACUAGGUCAAGGCGAAGAAAGUUUUAAGGUUUCCUUUAGUGGAAAGAGGGAUGACGAAAUACAUACAUUUGCAGAAAGACGCUGCCUGUUGAUUUACGAUGAAAAUACUCAUACGUGGACUUUAGAAUGCGUUGAUUAUAAUUAUAAUGUUGGCACAGACGGAGAUUACGGAUCUGAUAUUGAAUUCGAUGAUUAUGAACGUCAAUUUGAAACAUCGAUGCAAGAUGAAGAUCAGGGUGAAUUCGCUGAUGAAUUUGAUGCAAAUGCUGAAGACAUUGAGGAUGAAUUCAUAGAAGAAUAUAACGGAAAUGGUAUAACAAAUGGAAUACAUGAUGAAAAUGGGUAUGAAGGAGGAAAUAGUGAGGAUGAAUUGAUAGAUGAUGAUGCUUUUGUGGAAGUUGAAAAUCCAUUACAACCGUCCGCUCUUGGAGUCACAAAUGUACUCGACGAAGAAAUAAUAAAAAACGAUACAGAAUCCUCAGGCACUUCAUCGGGAACUGAUUUAGAGGCACAAUUAACUGAAGCACCCAAUGAUGACAUAGUGAAAACGAAUGGCGUAAAUCGAAAGUCAAAUCCUUCAUCCGGCAGACCAGGGGGACCUAUAUCAUUGACAGAAUUAUUUGGUGGAACAGGCAAUGAACAUGAACAAGAUGAUGAAAGUGGAUCAUCAUCGGCAAGCGAUUGA